UCCCGCCUUCGCUCGCUUCCGGUAGUCACCGUUACCGCUGCUGCCGCUGCUGCUUCUGCUGCUGAGGCUGCGGGCGGAGGCCGGAGGACCGGGCGGCGGCGGCGGCGGCGGGAGCGCAGCGGGACGACCGAGCGAGAGCCGGCGAGUUGAGAGCCGAGCGCUCUCUUUCUCCCGCUCUAGGAGCCAGUGCCUCCCGGGCCCCGCCGCCGCCGCCGCACAAAGCCGCGAGCCCGCGCCUGAGCCAUGUCCGCGUCGGCAGGCGGCGGCCACCAGCCCAGCCAGAGCCGCGCCAUCCCCACGCGCACCGUGGCCAUCAGCGACGCUGCGCAGCUACCUCAGGACUACUGCACCACUCCCGGCGGGACGCUGUUCUCCACCACGCCGGGAGGAACACGAAUCAUUUAUGACCGAAAGUUUCUGUUGGAUCGUCGCAAUUCUCCCAUGGCACAGACCCCGCCUUGCCAUCUGCCCAAUAUCCCUGGAGUCACCAGUCCUGGCACCUUAAUUGAAGACUCCAAAGUAGAAGUGAACAACUUGAACAACCUGAACAAUCAUGACAGGAAGCACGCAGUUGGGGAUGAGGCCCAGUUUGAAAUGGACAUCUGACUGCUACGCAAUCUAAGGAGGCUUCAGCACAGCGGCCCAUGUGACCUGACUGGGCCAGUAGGAACGCAGUGAACCGAGAAGCCGGCAGUUCCCCUCCCCUCCCUCUGGGUGCCAAAUGAUGGGAGAUAAAGCUCCAUUGACCACAACCUCCCUGUCUCCUGCCCCUGCCCCGUUAAGGUUAGGAUGAAAGCCCUUGGAUUACUCUGGAACUGAGCGGUUGGUCCUUGGAGGAAAGCAGUCCCUGUAACUUGCCUGUUCAUUUCCUAAGAAUCUUCUGCCCCCUUCUGAUUUGCCCCAAGUCCAGGAACUCUCUAAGAAGAAGCACCGCUGCUUGGGGUGACUGGGGAGGGAAGGAGGUUUGGUGCCCAUUGCUAUUCCUGUACUCUCUUCUGUCUUCCUCCCUGCAUCCCAUUGGUGAGUCAGUGCUGGAUGUGGGAUCUUUAAACCAUUCUGAAGAAUGAUAAACAAAAUGAGCUGCUUGCCCUAUCCCUGGAGAUGUUUGUCCUUGGUACUGGAGCACAGCUCUUGUACCUCCUGUGUGUAGCUCCGACCGCAUUCCUGGGACACAUGGCGUGAGCUCCCUUUUCUCUAGGGAGAAGGCUUCUGUCCUGGGUGUGAUGGCUCAUCUCUUAUCUAAUUCAUUGGCACAGGUAUUUUUUAAACCUGCCUUCUGAAGAGACCCCUGGGUGACCAGGUGGUCUUUGCUUGUCUGCCAUUCUUCCUACCUGCAUCUUGCAGGCAGAGUCUUCUUUACUCCAAGAUGCCCUGGGACUUCUGUCUGCUCCCAGAGCAGUCAUUUAAAGUGCCAGUGCUUUGGUCGUUGUUACCUGGUGGGCACAGCUGGUCCCAGCGGUCUGCCUGAGAAUGCCCUAACUCUGGCCUCUGUAGAGGACUGAGCCACACAAGUAGCCAGCCCUAGUAGUCGUGGUUUAAACCUGAUAGACUUUACCAGGUUUGCUGCCCUGCAGUUUAUUAUAUUUUGAGUUUAAAGUUGACUCCCCUAUUCCCCUCCUCUGAAUCUGCUUUAUCCUUGGCUGCCGAGAGAGAAGCAUGGGCUGAAAGAGUGCGUUCCUCCCAGUUUCCUUCUCCUCCUCCUCAUUGUAGACCUUCCUUCUUCCCUUCCUUUUCUCCUUUUCAAACCUCACUCUCUUUCCUUCUGGUUCUUCCACCAGGCCAUUUUCUAAAUCUACAUCAAAGAUACCUCCCAUGUUGGUAUCUGAUAAUAUCUGUCUCUUAUCAGAGGAGAGACUUUUUAUUUUUAAGAUGACUACAGACCUAUUUUUAGAUAAGUUUUCAGUACGAUUUUGAACUGCAACUUUUUUAACAAAACAUCUUCCAGUAUUAGGAAGGUUAUAAAAAAUUGUUCCUAGGCAAGUCUGCUGUCUUCACUGUUGGUUAUCUCUCAUAGUUCCUUAUGAGGGCUUUCCUGUGCUCUCAAGUUUAGGGGGCUAUUUGGAGUAUAGUGGUUUGUGAAGCUGGACUAGUCUGCCUUGCUAUGAGUUGUUGGCGAAAACUUCAUUCUUUUCUUUUACCUUUUGGCUCUCUUGCUCCACCCUGCCCCACUCUCCUGGUACUGUGGCCCGACAGGGAGAUCCCGGGAGAGAGGCCCCCAUAGGCAGGCUGCUGCAUCCGUCCUCCUACAGGAAGGCAGUACAGCAGCCACUGGUGUCCUUGAAGUCACAGAGAUCCUCCUGCCUCUGCCUCCCGAGUGCUGGGAUUAAAGGCAUGUACCACCACCGCCCGGCUUUUCCUGGGAAUUUCUGAUUCUUUUGGAUGCCUGUCUAAGCCCUCUUAGUAAGAUUUCAGAUCCCCAUUGUCUGGGAAAGUCAGUUGUUUUUCCUUUGCACCAUGGAAAGACCCUGUUUUGUGAAGACUUUAGGAAAAAGGAAGGACAUCUGCAGAACUUGGUCUGUCUCCUGCCACACAAUGUGAAUAGCUCGUACCGCAGCCCUCUGUGACGAUCGCUGUCUCAGGAAUAAGCUGGGUCUCCAAUGUUUGGGGAUUCUUGGAGUCUCCAAGUUGAUAAUCAGAAGAGUUUUAUUUCUUUGUUAAAUGUAUCUGUUAUGUUUUUAAUUAAACUCCAAGUUUUAUUUCAUGGAGUCUUGGGAAAACUUAAGUUGUGCUGCCGUUGGCAUAAGCAGCUUGCUCAGGACCUCUGUACCCUGGAGCUUCAUUCUCCGCGAGCAAGGCUCAUGGUUCUUCGCACACUGGUGUUGGCACUCUGUGAACGCUGCAGUGAGGAGGCGUGAGUGUGCAGAAGGAUAUAUGCUUCCUCAUUGAAUGUUGUCUGCAGCAGAGUGGCUUCCUGGACCCACCACUGGGAAGGGAGACAUGGCAGCUGAGUAGGAUAGAGAAACUUUCCUUUUUCUUGCCAUCUUGGAGAGUCUGCACGUGCACCCCUCCUCAAUCAGAAAACAUGUCUAGUAUUCCUUGGAGUGUCACCUGUGUGGUGCAGGAGCCUUUUAGCCUUAUGUCCUCUGCCAGGACCCCUCACUGCUUGGUGCAGGCCUUAUAUGAAGGCCACCUGUUCUUUGACCUCCACACAUGAGCAUUGUAAGAUAAUUGCACAAGGCAAGACAUAAGCUUCCAGCAGAUGGCAUUUUUGUGCCAUGCCUCAUGAGCCAUUUUCUAGUAAGCAGGGUCCAGUGGGGGUUCACCUCUGGGUGAUCCAAAGGCCUCACAGCUGGAGCCUUAAAUGGAGGGUAUAUGGUCCUAAUCUGCCAGUCUCCUUCCUGAAGGAGACAGUUAUUUAAACCUUAGUAGCCAUCUACACUGUUGCUAUGAAGGAUGUGUUUCUGCACUUGUGACAAUCAACCUACAUGAGGAAGAAGCUCCAGCCCUGGUGGGAGACACCAGCAGUGCCCUUCCUCCUGAGUUCCCAGCCCUUGUGUUCUGCUCAAAUAGGCGCUUCCUUGCCUCCUCCAGGGCACUGGAGUGAAAAAGCUGGCUUCUAGAUAGAGUUAUCUACUGCUGUGUAACAAAUUACCUGCCAGCCUAAUAUCUCACAAUAGUAAACACUACCUGUUGGUGUCUCAAAUAGGGUUAGGGGCUUCUCAGCAUGAAGCUUUAGCAUGAGGUCUCAUGGAGGUGCAUGUAGUCUGUGGGUGGGGGCUGCUCUCAUCUGGAGCUGGAGAAUCCCACUUCCAUGCUUUGUUUUUGUGGUUGUCAGCAGAGUGCCUCCCUCGUUCCGUAUGGGACUCUGUAGGUAUCAUGCCAUAGCACCUAGCUUCCUCUUGAGUGACUGAUCCUAGAAAAGGAGGUGGGUAAGAAGAAAGUUGCAGUGCCUUUACACCACCGUGUCCCUAACAGGAGGAAAGUAGUCCUCAGGGAAAUGGGAUAGCCACAGCCAUAAGCUGGGUGCACAUUGCUAUCAGAUCAGCCCUCUAAAAUGGGACCAAACUGGGAUAAAAGACUUCUCUUUCCCCAAAGCUACCCAUUUGUCUUAAGAAAAGCGGCAGGAAAUGGAGAUUCCCAGAUCCGUUGCAUCCCCCCAUCUGCCUGUUCUCAAGAACGCUUGCUUUUAUGAGAUUCUGAGGUGGCCUCUUCAAGCGUCAUUUACCCCUUCUGUCUUCCUUUAGCCCAGAGUUGACAAAAGGAAUUGAGGGCCUUUCUGUGCAGCCAUACAAACUUUCUUAGCUGGAGCGGUGUUUGGCAGAGGAAUCAAAGGGCAUUAGAUGUCAGGUUCAUGAGUUACAGGGCAGAAAGCAGUUCAGGUUCUUGAUAUUGAAGUCAGAUGCUACCUGCAUGCAUUGGUCAAGGUGUCCCACCCAGAUCAUAAACCAGGGACACCUGAAAAAUGCAGAUGUCUGUCUGUACUUGAUUGCUCUGGUCAGUGCAGCAUGCAGAGUAGCCUGUUGCCUCCUGGACACUUUGAUAGAAGGGUGCUCUUACAAAAAGCAGCAGUCAUGUUUUCACCUGUAGGGGAAGCCACAGAGGUGGCUCACCAGUGCCUCGGAUCUCAUGGGAUGUCUGCUUCUUCCUGCCAUCCAUUCUCCCCAUCCUUAGAUGGAGGCUCUUGUUUGAAUUGGUGCUCUGUCUUCUGGCCUUUUCUUUUCUGUAGCUAUGCUUGCUUUGGAGUGUAUUUCAGGCUCUCGUGGUGGGUUUCUUUCUAGGGGUGAGGGAUAGGGAGCUCUUGGGCCUCUCAUCUGUUGUGUUUCACUGAAAGUCCAUCCAACCUCUUGUAUAGACUGCCACUGUGAGUGUACCAGGCGUGUGUCAGGUAGGGAGCCUCCUUCCCAUCUGCAUCUUGGGUGCUGGCUGCUUGAGGGGGGUGUGGUGGAGCCCUUUUUAUUCCCUCUAGAGGAAAGGCACUACUGUCUUCACGUAGUUCUUUAGUGUGUUUUCUGGACUCCAUGCCCAUGGCAGCUGUUUAAUGAUCUGCGAAAACCCAAUCACUGACCCAUCCUUACCAUGGAAGGCGGGAUUUAUAGUGGAGGAACACCAUUUCUUCUUGGGGUAGAGGGUUCUGUCUGAGUUUUGAGUUACCCACAGCCCCUUGCCUCCCAGCCUUUAGUGACGGGAAUUCGGGUUCCCGCAGUUGAGGCAGUCCUUCGGUGCUUGCCAUCCUGCCGUGCUUCCUGCUCUGGCAGUGCUUUUCACGGUAGUGGUGGACUUUGUUGAAGCUGCUCACAGCUGAAGACUGUAAGGAUGACUGACGGGUCCUCAAUUUUCCAGUUGAUCAGUCAAGAUACCUUCCCCACCCUCUGAAACUAGCUUUCCUGGAUGGCAGAGCUUACUUUCAAAGUCUUUGGGUGGUCUGUGGUUUCUCUCUGCUUGCUCAACUCUUCCUGCACCCUAGUGGGCCAUACUGUGCCCAGGAGAAAAGGCUACUGAACUAGCGGAAACAGUUCCUAGUGGAUACAAACUCCUGCUUACCUUUCUGAGGUGGAAGGGUGGUGAUGAGAGGCCGAAUGCCUGGUAGACACUUGGCUGUGCUGAUACUUCCAAAGGGAGCUCCUCCCAGGGCUUCAGACCUAAAUCCAGGACUUGUGAACUUAAGAGAAUCCACAAAUCUAGCACAGAAUGCCCAUUCUUGCCUCUAUACCCCCUUCCUCUCCAUUUCAGUCUUAAAAACUGCCCAGCCCAGGCCUGGGGGUUAUGACUGGAGGGCAAGAGAGUGGGGACACCAGCAGGAGGUAGGGGCCAGCGUGACACCAAUGCCUUGGCCCCCACUUCAUGGCUCAACUUGAAGAAUCCCAAGGACUCCGAUUCCCAGUUGUCCAUAUUAAGAAUCUGUUUUCUGAUAGACCCUCCCCUGUUCACUGCUGCAGUCUUAGCCACAUGGGAUGGAAUUUCAGAGGCUGCCAGUACUUUCCUUGGUCCUCCUACUUGGUUCCCUUGAUGUGCUGUCCCCUUACCUCCCUCCCUUCGCUGUCAGCAAUGGUCAGUGGAAGGUUCCAUGCAAUCCUAAGACAGUCCUGUGUGAUUCCAUGACCAGUUUGUUUUCUUACUGUCCUUCCAAGCCAGCAGGUGUUUGGAACUAGGUGAAAAUUUCUCACCAACGGUUGCUGUUACAGCUAAAUAAAGACAUUGAAUAUUGA